CAACGUGCCCGUUAGGCUAACGCCGAAUUAACUGGACCCUGUGCUCACCCUCUUCGCGUUACCGCACCUUUAGUUUGGUUCGUCGCCGGCGGCAAAGGCGCUCGCCGUGCCACUUUUGAAGCUACCCACAUGCUGUGAUUUAGAAAAAGAGAGGGAGAGAGAAUGGCAAAGAGGCGACUUCUGUUGCUGUUAAAACCCUUCGAUUUGUACCCAGUCAGACCCCCAAAUGGUCUGUCUGGCAUCACAAACCCAAAGACAUUGCAGGUUUUAAGUUAUCUGGACGGCAGGCGUAAGGUUCACAAGGAUGCCAUAAACUUCUGUCAGAAUAUAUUGCAGAAAAAGUCUGUUGAUUGGAAGGCUGUUUUCCGUAGUAAUUUAUCACAGCCAAUCCAUAAUGUGGAUCUGGUGGUUACUAUAGGCGGUGAUGGUACACUAUUACAGGCUAGCCAUUUCAUGGAUGAUUCAAUUCCAGUUCUAGGAGUGAAUUCUGACCCCACACAAGCUGCAGAGGUGGAAGAGUUCAGUGACGAGUUCGAUGCUACAAGAAGCACUGGUUAUCUUUGUGCAGCAACUGUCAACAACUUUGAACAAAUACUAGAUGGCAUCCUCGAGUGUGGCAAAAUUCCUUCUGAAUUGUCAAGGAUGUCAAUAAGAGUCAACUCCCAGCUUGUGUCAAGUUAUGCUCUUAAUGACGUUUUGAUUGCCCACCCAUGCCCUGCAACAGUUUCUCGAUUCUCGUUCAGAAUUAGGAAAGAUGGCCAGCCAUGUUCCCCUCUAGUGAAUUGUCGAUCAAGCGGUCUAAGAGUCUCAACAGCCGCUGGAUCAACUGCUGCAAUGCUCUCAGCUGGGGGAUUUGCGAUGCCCAUAUUAUCUAAGGAUCUCCAGUAUAUGGUAAGGGAGCCUAUUUCACCAGGAACAGGCAACUCUAGCUUAAUGCAUGGAGUAGUAAGAUCUGACGAGUCCAUGGAUAUGGCAUGGUUCUGUAAACAGGGUCUUAUAUACAUUGAUGGUUCACAUGUUGUUUAUUCUAUCCAACAUGGUGAUACCAUUGAACUAUCUACAAAGACUCCAGUUUUGAAGGUUUUCUUGCCUUGCCACUUAUCAUCAUAGAACAUAUGUGCAAUAUAGUUGCAAUACCUUUGCUGCAGAUGACGUGGAAAUUCUGUGUAUCUCUGUGAAAUACCGAAAAUGU